AUGGAACCGCCAAAGCUUCUUAUCGGUGGCGCCGUGUUCAACUACCAGUACACUGAUACUCCCGAAGCCACUCCCGUGGCGGAAAUUCUCGACAAGGCGUUGGCAAACCCGUUAACCGCGGGCAUCGACACCUCACCUUACUAUGGUCCUUCAGAACAGCUCAUUGGCGACGCCCUCCGCCAGCUAAACCGCGACCGUCUGACUUACUUCCUCGCUACUAAGGCCGGGAGAAUUGCCCUCGACGACUUUGACUAUUCCGCCGCCGCCAUCCGGGCGCUGGUGCUCCGCUCGUGCCAGCGGCUUAACACCGACUACUUUGACGUUAUCUACUUGCACGAUGUCGAGUUUGUCGACGAUGCUGGCGUUGACGAAGCCAUUGGCGAGUUAUUUGAGCUUAAAGCCGCCGGGUACAUCCGCAAUGUCGGCAUUCUGGGGUACCCGGUGCCGCUAUUGGUGGAGAUCUGCCAGCGAUGGCACGCCAAGGGGAAGCUGAUCGAUGCCGUCCAGCUGUACUGCAAUGGGUGCAUUCAAAACACCACGCUUUUUGAUUUAGUGCCCAAAUUUAAGGAGGCAGGGGUGAAAUAUGUGUUCAACAGUCUGAUCCUUUCCAUGAGUCUUUUGCGCCGCCAGCCGACACACAAGUUCCAUCCUGCCAGCACCCAAAUGAAGCAACGCAUUGACGACGUUGCCCAAAAGCUCUACACUGAAAACCAGCAGGAACUUGCCGACGUGGCUACUCGCUACGCUCUUUCGCGGUCGUUUGCCGACGACAGCGGCAUCGACGCCGUCAAUUUAGGGGUGCUGCUGGUGGCGGAGCUCGACAAUGCUAUCGCCGAGUACCAGCGUCGCCGGGAUGACCCCGAAGUGUACGCUAAAGUGCAACUGUGGAUUGGCGACCAGAUGAAUGUCACGUGGGAUAGCGGGCGCGUCCGGGGCCGGGGAUAA